GCCACCCAUUCUCGCUCAGCCUCCACACUUGCCUUUCGGUUCUUCUUUUGCUUCCUGUUUGAGAGGCCCGCGCCGUGUAGCCUCGCUCCUCGUGCCGCUUGCUACUUGUAGCUACUGCUGCAUCAACCCCUCCACCACCGGAAAGUAGGCGGCCGGUAGAAAUUGCCUAACUCCCAGUCCAAAAGCCACACCAUCAGCAAUCAGCAGUGAAGUCAAAGUGCAGAAGUCACCUCAUCCAUCACCUGUUGUCUGCAUUUUAUUUUUUUUGUGUGUGUUUUCUUGUCUAAUCUUGGAAGCGUGUUGCAGCGUAACUGUGAAGUACUAUCUUGUGAAAUGUUGUCCUUGUUCGGGCGCUUCAGCUCCAGAAGUAUUGGCAAUAUGUCACUACUUUCACGGAACUGCUCAAGCUCAUCUCAGUAUGAGACCCUUGUUGUCAAAUCGCACUCUCCGUUUGUUUACCAUGUGGAGUUAAACCGCCCUGAUCGCCUAAAUGCUUUUAACAAGACUAUGUGGAGGGAAGUCAGAGAAGCCUUUGAAGCUCUGAGUGAAGACAAGGAGUGUAGAGUCAUAGUUUUAUCUGGAUCUGGAAAGGCGUUUACAGCAGGUCUUGACUUAUCUGAUGCUGGAUUAGUUGUCAAUGAUGAAGAGGAUAUUGCCCGUCGCUGUAGAACUAUGUAUAAAAUUAUAAAAGCAUAUCAAGGAAGCUUCACAGCCCUCGAAAAGUGCUCCAAACCUGUAAUAUGUGCAGUUCAUGGUCCUUGCAUUGGUGCUGGUGUCGAUAUGGCUUCCUCUGCCGACAUCCGUUUAUGCUCUGCUGAUGCUUGGUUUCAAAUUAAGGAAGUUGAUAUAGGAUUGGCAGCAGAUGUGGGUACUUUGCAACGACUUCCAAAGGCAAUUGGAAGCCUUGGUCUUGUGAAUGAACUAGCUCUCACUGCUAGGAAGUUCCUUUCUGCUGAAGCUAAGGAAUGUGGAUUUGUAAAUACAGUGUAUCCAGACAAACCAAGUUUGAUAAAGGCAGCAUUUGAAAUGGCUGACAGUAUUGCAUCCAAGAGUCCCGUAGCUAUUCAGAUGACGAAGAAAAGCAUUGUGUUUUCUAGGGACCAUACAGUUGAUGAAAGCUUGGAGCACAUUGCUAUAUGGAAUCAGGCCCUUCUGCAGAGUGAGGACCUUAUGAAGUCGGCUGUGGCUGCAGCAACCAAGAGUCCACUACCACCAUUUUCUAAACUGUGAUAUAAUUUGCCUAUGAGAUGCAUUUUCAGAAUAUCUUUUAUACAAUAAUAUUAAAUAAAGAAUAAAUAAAUAUUUUAACCAUCAAAAGUA